AUGAUUGCCAAAGGAAAGAACUGGUUUGGAGCUGCUUUGACAAUCCGAAAUCCGGUGGAUGCUCAAGAGAGAGCCAUUGUCGACAACUAUGCUGAUUUUGGAUCAAUCACACCUGAGAAUGCCAUGAAAUGGGAAUCUACUGAGCCAUCUCGUGGGGUCUUCACCUUUGAUGGCGCAGAUGCCAUUCGAGACUAUGCUGCGACGCAGAAAAAGCAGAUUCAUUGCCAUAAUCUUGUUUGGCAUUCUCAGCUACCACUCUGGGUAUCCCAGGGAAAAUUUGACAAUGCAACCUUGAUCUCUAUUAUGUACGACCACAUCAAGGCUGUUGCUGGUAGAUACAAGGGUUCUUGCACUCGAUGGGACGUCGUCAACGAGGCUCUGAACGAGGACGGUACUUAUCGGUCGUCGGUUUUCUACGAUACAAUUGGCGAGUCCUUCAUCCCACUUGCAUUCAAAUUUGCAUCCGAAAUUGAUCCCAAUGCAAAAUUAUACUAUAACGACUACAACCUCGAGUAUAAUAAUGCUAAGACCGACGCGGCUGCCAGGAUUGUUGCGCUUGUAAAGUCUCAUGGUGUCAAGAUUCAAGGUGUUGGAUUUCAGGCACAUCUCACUUCCGAAUCUACGCCCACUUCCGCCGCUGUGACCCCUGACCAAGGCGUUCUAGAGGCUGCUUUGAAGAAGAUGACUGUUCAGGGUGUCAAUGUAGCAUACACCGAACUUGAUGUGCGGAUGAACACCCCUGUUACACCUGCAAAACAGGCAGCCCAGGCAGAAGCAUAUGCUCGUGUUGUUCGAUCCUGCAUGGCUGUCGAGAAAUGUGAAGGUAUCACAAUUUGGGGUAUAACCGACAAGUAUUCCUGGAUUCCUGGUGUGUUCAUCGGUGAAGGUUCCGCCUUGGUUUGGGACGAGAAUUACAAGCCAAAGCCUGCAUACUUCGCAAUGUUGAAGGCAAUUCAAGAAAGCCCAAAUCCAAGAGGGUGCAGCGCUGACAACUGUCUUCGUGCGCUCCGCUCUACCAGCGUGUCAGGUCGUUUGGCCGAGUCGCAAGAGUUCUGCGCGAGUUAUUAUACUCAGUACAUUGUCACCGACAUUACCCUGAUUAAGCCAUAUGCUGCCUCUGCUUGUGGUGGUGACAUAGUCUCCAGAGUUAGCUCAGCUUGCUCUUGUUUACCAAAAGCCACGGCAACCUAG